CGGUUCAGAUUUCCCUCGAAAAUUUCCCCAAAUCAGACACGAUCUUGAUCUUUUCCCUCUCAUCUCAUUUCCCCAGUUUGUUCCAGGUUCUGUUUUAGCUUCUUCUACUAUACUGUCACUGCGCUUUCCAUUGAUUUUCCAGCGACACUCUUGUAUUUUCCGGGAAAAUUUUUGAACUUUCCUGCAAUAAAAACAGUGUCAGCAAGUGGGUCGGCAAGAAAACCACAAGGGCAUGUUUGGGUAGUGUGGUUUCAAUAGAAUGCCUGUGUCAACUAGGUCUCAGAUCAACCCAAAUCCAGAACAAAAUGAGUCCAAUCAAGGCUAUAGAACCAGAAUGCGAACAGAUCAAGAAGAGACCCACAUGGGUCUUCCACUUAGAAACCCACACCAUGGCUUGAAAGAGAAGAUGAAGGCGUUGACCCUCUUGUAUGAGCAGCAAAAACAAGCCUCUAAUGCUCUCAAGAACCCGCCUUUUCGGCCCGAGGAGCCCCGAUGUUCAACUCAUCCAAGCGUCGACCUUCUCAGCUCAGGCAAGAGAGAAGAAAAGAACCCAAGUGAAUCAAAAGAGAGUCAUGUCAUGAGAGAGAACACAAUGCCCAACUCUACAGUGACAAGAACUUAUGUAUUGCCUAAGCCGCCAGUUGAUGAUGCGAAGGAGAACGUGGCAGUGGGCGGUGGUGAUCGGAUUGUGGGGUUUUCGUGCCCAAGAAAGCCGGUGGCUUUGGCUACUGUGGCGAGGAAGCUCUCAAUGGGGAGCUCAAAAACAGAGCCAACAGGGUUUGUAGGGGCUAAGAAUGUGCAAGAAUUGGAAACCAUUUCGGAGAAAACGGACACAAUUGGUAGUAGAAUUCUUGUAUUUGUGAGGCUUCGGCCUAUGUCCAAGAAGGAGAAAGAAGCUGGAUCGAGGUGUUGUGUGCGAAUUGUCAACCGGAGAGAGAUAUAUCUGACGGAAUUCGUGACAGAGACUGAUUAUCUUCGGCUGAAGAGGGUUCGAGGGAGGCAUUUCACCUUCGAUGCCUCAUUUCCUGAUUGCACUACUCAAAGAGAGGUUUAUUCCACCACAACCGCGGAGCUUGUGGAAGCAGUUCUGCAAGGGAGGAAUGGUUCAGUAUUCUGCUAUGGUGCCACAGGAGCAGGGAAAACAUACACUAUGUUGGGCACGGUGGAGAAUCCGGGGGUGAUGGGUUUGGCAAUAAAAGAUCUUUUCAGCAAGAUUAGGCAUAGGAGCUGUGAUGGAAACCAUGCGGUUCAUCUAUCAUAUCUUGAGGUCUACAAUGAAACGGUCAGGGAUUUGCUUUCCCCCGGAAGGCCUCUUGUCCUUAGAGAAGAUAAGCAGGGGAUCGUGGCAGCAGGUCUUACUCAAUACAGAGCUUGUUCUACAGAUGAGGUGAUGGCAUUACUUCAACAAGGAAACCAGAAUCGAACAACUGAACCAACUCGUGUUAAUGAAACUUCUUCACGCUCCCACGCUAUUCUGCAGGUUGUGGUUGAAUAUCGAGUUCGAGAUGCUUCAAAUAAUGUUGUUAAUCGAAUGGGAAAGCUUUCACUUGUAGACCUUGCUGGUUCUGAAAGAGCUCUGGCCACUGAUCAGAGAACAUUGAGAUCGCUUGAGGGUGCCAACAUUAAUAAGUCACUCCUUGCACUGAGCAGCUGCAUUAAUGCCCUAGUUGAGGGCAAGAAACACAUUCCAUUCCGCAAUUCCAAGCUCACUCAACUGCUCAAGGACUCUCUAGGGGGAGCUUGUAACACAGUAAUGAUUGCCAAUAUCAGCCCAAGCAAUCUCUCAUUUGGUGAGACCCAAAACACCCUUCAUUGGGCUGAUCGAGCUAAGGAAAUCCGGAAAAAGGCAUGUGAUGCAAAUGAAGAAGUAUUGCAAUUACCUCAAUCUGAAACAGAUCAGGCCAAGUUAUUACUUGAGCUGCAGAAAGAGAAUCGUGAAUUGCGAGUACAAUUGGCACGCCAGCAACAGAAGCUACUAACUGUUCAAGCACAAUCCUUGGCAGCAAACUCCUCACAAACCCCUUCUGUGAACCCUCUAUCAACACCUCCUCAAUCUUCUGCCCAACCAAGUGAAAAACGAAAGCCCAGAUCCACUUUCUUGGCUGGGAAUUGUUUUACACCUGAAUCAAAAAAGAAGGUAGCAGAGGAGACAGUUAAGGAGCUUCGCCAUACUGUAAAAGCAUUAGAGGCAGAAGUUGAGAGAAUGAAGAAGGAUCAUGCAUUGAAAAUAAAACAGAAGGAUGAUUUUAUUCGUGAACUUUCUCGAGAAGGUGCAAAACUAGCAGGAGUGUGGGGGGUGGGGCUAAAGGGGGUCGUCACAAGGGCGAGAGUGCGGCCAAAGGAUAAAAUUGAAGGUGAGUUAAAGAGCCCGAGUCAUCGGUUUCAGUCUCCAGCACCAACAGCUAAGAAACGCAGUUUUUGGGACAUAACAACUGCGAAUAGCCCAUCAGCUGCAACACUAAAUGGAAGAAAAACUAGAAGCCAUGUCACUUCUGAACCUGUAGCAGCUCCCUCCAUGCUUCUUCAGCCAGGUUUUGCUCGUCAAAAACCCGAACCUCGCAGUAAAAGAGGGGAAUGGGAGAAAGAUGAGCAGCAAUCAACUCAGAAGUGAUUGAAGAAGGUGAAAAGAUGACACUCAUUUAUUCUUCUUCUUCUUUGUAAUAUUCCCACUUGUCGAACUGGUGCUUGACAGUAAAGAAAGGGCUAUAACUUGGUUAGUGGUAUUCCUGUUUUAACUGCCCCUGUGCUAGUGAUCAACAAAAGCCCAUAAUGAAAGGGGGGGAGAUUGUAAUGCUUCUUAUGU